AUGGCUAAAAUCAACUAUGAAUCUGGACUUCCAAUCAACCAAGCUGAAGAUGACAGUGAGGAAGAUUGUGAAUUACCAGCUGAACUAGCACGACUGCUUGAGCACGAAGAGAAAGAGAUUCAUCCAUACAAAGAACCGGUGGAUGUCAUUAAUUUGGGUUCUGAAACUGACAGAAAAGAGGUGAAAGUAGGGGCAUCUCUCGCCAAGCAUAUGGAUCCAAUAAAGUACAUAUUUGCAAAGCCUGCUGUUACUGGUAGAAUUGCUCGGUGGCAAAUGCUGCUAACCGAGUAUGAUACACAGUACGUGACCCAGAAAGCAAUUAAAGGGAGUAUUUUGUCUGACUAUCUAGCCCACCUGCCUGUUGAAGGCUACCAAUCAUUAAAGUUUGACUUUCCAGAUGAAGACAUCAUGUUUAUCAGAGAUUUUACUAUGCCAGGCCUCGAGGUAAGCUCUGAGGAAGGCCCCGAACCAGGAUCGCGAUGGACGCUCGUGUUCGACGGUGCUUCCAAUGCCCGAGGUCAUGGUAUAGGUGUUGUUAUCACUUCUCCAACUAGUUUCGACAUCCCUUUCACUGCUAGAUUAUAUUUUGACUGCACCAACAAUAUGGCAGAAUAUGAAGCAUGUAUCUACGGUUUAGAGGUGACAAUCGACUUGAGAAUCAAAAUCCUCGAGGUAUUCGGUGAUUCAGCUCUGGUAAUCAGUCAAGUGAAAGGCGACUGGGAGACUCGAGAUAGCAAGUUGAUACCCUACAAAGAGCAUAUCAGAAAACUGAUUCCCUAUUUUGAUGAGAUCUCCUUUCAUCAUAUUUCUAGGGAAGAAAAUCAGUUAGCAGACGCUCUAGCUACGCUGGCAUCUAUGUUCAAAGUCAAAUGGAAGAAUGAGGCACCAUCCAUCCAGAUUGACCACUUAGAUGAACCGGCACAUUGUCUAGAAAUUGAGGCCGAUCCUGACGAUAAGCCUUGGUUCUAUGACAUAAAGACAUUUCUGGAGAAACGACAGUAUCCUGAGGGUAUAUCCAUUACUGAUAAGAAGGCUCUAAGAAGACUCUCUUCUAAGUUCUUCCUAAAUGGUGAUGUGUUGUAUAAAAGGAACUAUGAUUUUGUACUGCUCAGAUGCGUGGAUAAACACGAAGCUAGUAGAAUCAUAAGGUCCAUACACGAAGGUUGCAAGGGUGUACAUGCGAAAGGUCCUGCUAUGGCUAAGAAGAUUCAUCGGGCUGGUUAUUAUUGGACGACAAUGGAGGUUGACUGA